CGCGUGAACCACCACCACCAUCACUCUGAGAGAUUAAACCGGAGCGAGAAUCUAGAGAGAGAAAGAAAGAGAAAAAAUGUCCUUCGAUUCCUUCGAUGGCGAAGCUUCUGUACCAGUGAGGACCUCCUCUACUCAUCCUUUCGACGACGAAGACGACGGUUACGUCGGAUUCGAUCCUACCAUACCUUCUCAACGUUUCGACGAUUCAUUUCCAACUUUCACCGAUUCUGUUGAUGAUGGAAGCGGUUACGUCGCCGCUGAUGCCGAUCCGCGAGGUGUUCUUGCUCCGGAGUACGAAGAGGUGACUGUAGAUCAUGAUGCGGUGAAUACUAGUUCAGAUGUAUUUGGAUUUGAGACUGAUCUCAACACUGAUUUUUCGCAGUCUUCUCCGUUUACUUCUUCGAUCCCGAAUUCGAAUGGAAAUGGUAAAUCGUAUGACCUUGGUGAUGAUCCUGAUGGUCUUUUCUCUUCUGAUGGACCGAUUCUUCCUCCUCCUGGUGAAAUGCAGUCGGAAGAAGGAUUUGCUCUUCGAGAAUGGAGACGUGAAAACACAAUUCGACUGGAGGAGAAAGAGAAAAUGGAGAAGGAGAUGCGGAUCCAAAUUAUCGAAGAAGGGGAAGAGUUUAAACGGGCUUUCUACGAGAAAAGAAAGCUUAAUAUCGAGACUAAUAAAACCACCAACAGAGAAAAAGAGAAGUUGUAUUUGGCUUCCGGAGAGAAGUUCCACAAAGAAGCGGAUAAAAAUUACUGGAAGGCAAUAGGAGAACUGAUUCCUCAUGAAGUUCCGAACAUUGAAAAGAAGAGAGGAAAGAAGGAAGCCGAAAAGAAAGCAGGAAUCACUAUCAUUCAAGGACCAAAGCCUGGUAAACCAACAGAUCUUUCCAGGAUGCGUCAUAUAUUGAUCAAGCUUAAGCAUGCACCUCCGGCUCACAUGAUUCCUCCUCCUCCACCACCGGCUGCUCCGGCGAAGGAAACCACCACCAAAGAUGGAAAGGCGAUUGUUGUUGCUGCUGCUGCAAAUACUCCCGAGUCAGCACCUGUUGGUAAGGAUUCUCCAGUCGAACAAGAACCAUCAUCUGUGCCGGUCAAUCCUUGAAAAUUUAAAGUUUGUUUAAUUAAAACUUAAUACGGGUUUGACGUUGGACGACUUCAUCUUGUCAUUUUUAAUGGUCGUAACUUUCGAACGAUAAGCCAUCGUUUCAGAUUCUAGGUUUUCUGCAAAUUGAGCUCAUAUGUUAAAUACCUUGAUUUCUAAAAGUAAAUUUGCAGUUUAGAUUU